AUGUCCCGAGAGGGAAGCAUAGUACCAAACUGGCCGGCGGCGGAAGGCGGGUGCUUCGUUACCCGCAUCACUGACAUUAGUCUACCUGGCGAGGUGAACCAGAAGAGCGAGGUGGUGCUCGGGGAGCCGUACUUUCUCAACGAACGCCAACGCACGUUCCGCACUGACGGCUACCAUGCCCAGGAAAUUAUCAAUCUUCUAUGUUUCCGCCUCACCGUUGCAGUCCGCACCUACUGGGACAAGCGGGCGGGCCAAGGGAUUCGUUUCAUGUCGAAAUGGAGCAAUGAGGUGCUUUGGCUGGCAAAGGUCUUGGUCACCUUCGACAAUUUUGGUAUUGCUAUCGAACCACCGCCUAUACUGAAGUACGCACUUGGCCCCGGGGUUGAUCCAACGGCGGCGCGGAUGGAUGCACAAGAAUGGGACGAGUGCCGCCUGUGGUCGUCGAACGUUGGGCUGUGGCCGGCGAUGGUCAACAUGCCAAACCAUUGGUGGAACAACUUGGCGGGCCCCGACAAUAGUCCCGACAUUACUGCUAGCCUCCCGCCGUCUCCGCCGUCUCCCACACCAAGCGUGCAAGAUCAAUUUCGCGGGCAUUUUCAAUUUCAGGCAUCGACUCUUCGCUGGGAAAUUCCUCCCGCCCAUUCCAGCCAUCAAUCUGAAUAUGAUGGACCGCGGGAGAACCAUCAGGCUUUCCCGAGGCCUACGAACCAUCCUCCCGUCCGCAGACCUAUGGUCAACGCAGAGGCGGGCCCCUCCCGACUCGUGGGUAACGCAGAGGCAGGGCCGUCCCGCAAUCAGAGACAAUACGGCGGGUCGCGAACUCGCAGCUCCCCAUAUUGGUCCCGCGAUUUACUGGACCUUGAAGCGGAGGAGGAUCCCGACAUUAUUGAUGUCUCUCCAAACCCCUACCGCCAUCAACAAGUCAUCGACCUUACAUUGGACAGACAGAGCGAUGUUGAAGCUGUCCCAGAUGACCAGGUACACAAGUAUUUACACACAGACUACAGUGUCACUUAUAAACUGAAGGUGUUCCGGCCGCGACGUAACCCGCGGCGUGCGGUGGCUCAACGAACGAGACCAGCCCCCAUUGUCUUGGAUCCGCCCGCAGAUCCGACUUGGGAAGUGGGUUCAGCCGCCACCACGCCCUCCGACUCCGAUUUCGACGAAGAAUUCGACAGGUUGGAAGGUGGAGCACUGGUCGAACUUUUUGACCUCAUCAUCGAAGAAAUGGAAGAGACUGUGGAGAACGCCGCAUCCGCCAUCCAAAGAGCUGAAUGGUUUCAGCGUGGUUGA